AUUUUGCAAACCGUUACCGGAAGUACUUCUCUUCUUCGCUCUAGCUUGACUCAGCUGCUGUCAACAUUUGUUGCGGUGAAACCUCCGAGCUGUCACAGCAAGCGUCGGUUGAUCCCACAGUCAUGCCAUCUAGGUUUAGACUUUACUUGUGGAAUUCCUCAUGAACCAGGCUGCUAUUUUGGGAUUAACUGAACAGAGUUGAACAAAACGGGCAUGUUUGUUUAAGUCCAGUCUCCGUGCGGAUUAAUAUUUCUGGUUAACCGUCUUUGCUGUUCGUUGGCGUGUUUUUUUUAUAUUAUUAUUUAUCUGCGACGGACUUCACAGUUUAACGAGUCUUUCACCCCCUCGAGUCUUGAAUCAACAGACAAGCAGAGGGUGACAAAACUAGAGGAAAAUCAUGUCUCGCAGAAGUUCUCGCCUGGUUUCUGGUGGCUACUAUAACUCAGAUGAAGAAUCUGACUCAAGCAGCGUGACCAAUAUAUCUAUAUCGUACCGUGAAAACCCUGUUAAGGUUUUCAAGAAGAAGGCCGGGACCCGCAAGCCCACCUCCCGUACCUCCAGCAGAGCCAACAGCAAUGCUAGCUCUGCUGCCCCUGACACACCUGUCACUCCAGUCCCAUCUCCAUUAAGCAUUGAGAGCCAACCUACCAUGAGGACCGUACCUUUCACCCCAUCUACAGCCACCCCGCGGCCUGCCCUGACCCCAUCAUCAUCAUCAACCCCGAGGCAGACACCCCCUCGUUGCCACUUAGCAUCUCCAGGAAACAGCUCUCCUGCAGGGCACUGCAGCUCUAGCACGCCAGGAUUACACUUUAGACCCAGCCAUAAGGAGCUGAGUCAGAGUGGCGUGGACAGCUCAGGGUACUCGUCCUCUGAGGGUACUUACAGGAAGCCCAUGGCCGCCCCCUGCAGCACUGGUAGAGUCAGCAGUAACACUGGGGAUCCCAAUACUGGAUACAGAAGCAGAAUCAAAAGUGCCUUCAACAGCCUGAGCGACUCAGCCCUGAUGCUCGGUGCGACAGUAUGUGCAAAAACCCAUGAUGUGGCAGUGUUAGCUAAUUCUCUAAUCAGCAGUCGCAUGAAGAAGGCUUGUGGUUUGGCUCUCCUGCUACUCCUCAUCUUACUUUUAUGUCUUUGGUUGUUCCUUCCCUUGCUCACCUCUUUCAUCUCCCGCAUGAAUGUCACAAAGAGCCCAUCGCAGACACAGCCUGUUGUCCCUGCUACUCCUCCUCCUCAACCCAACAACAUCUAUUCCAAACCUGUGGUGGAUCCUACCAUUGUGUCUGCUGUAGUAGAUGAAAAGAUGCAACGUCUUCUGGUGGAGCUGCAGAUGAAGCAGGAGCUGCUUCUCUCCCAGAUGAAGGAGAAACUCCAGCUAGAAAUGCGCGGUAUGAAGGCCAAACUUGAGGCCACAGACUCCGACGGUCAGCAGCAUCUGGAGCAGGAGGUCGCAGGGUUGAGCAGGCGGAUGGCAGAUUAUCAGUCAGACAGCAGCACUGCUGCUGCCAGCCUCAGCCUCAGAAUACAAGCUUUAGAGGAUCAGAAUAAUAAGCUGGCCCAGGAGUUGUCAUCCAUCCAGGUGAUGCCUCCUCCAGCCCCCUGCCCUGAUCCUACCAACACACCCAUACACAAUCACCUUACACCUGAGCUCCAACAGGCCAUGGAGAAGUGGCUCACUGACCGCAUCAAGGAGCAGGAUGCGAUCAGGCUCAGCAACACUGGAAGCUGCGCAGACUGUGGACGUCCCAUGGCUGAUAAAGUGGCUGACUUUGCCCUGGAGACUCAAGGUGCCAGUGUGAUCAGUACCAGGUGCUCAGAGACGUACCGUAUUCGUUCAGCAUGUGUGACCCUGUUUGGUUUCCCUCUCUGGUAUCCAUCUGAAAGCCCACGCACUGUCAUUCAGGGUUACCCAGUGCUGCUUCCAGGGAAAUGCUGGGCGUUUCAUGGUGUUCAGGGGACACUUGUGAUCUCUUUGUCCCACCCCAUACGGAUAACUCAUGUGACACUGGACCACCUGCCACGCUACAACUCUCCCACUGGCCGAAUUGACUCAGCUCCCAAAGACUUUGAAGUCUAUGGGAUGGAAAACGAUACAGAAGAAGGAACACUGCUGGGGACGUUCACUUACGAUGAGUAUGGAGAGCCAACGCAGACGUUUAAGAUUCCUAAUCCGAGCGACAUUGUUUACAGAGUCGUGGAGCUGAGAGUUCUCAGUAACUGGGGUCACGUCGAGUAUACGUGUCUUUACCGCUUCCGCGUGCACGGGAAGAUCGCCACCACGUGAGGCUUGAGACUCACUCAGACUUGUUGAUGCGAAGCUUUGCUGGUCUCAGGGCCAAAUGCUACUGAAAAAGUGUUUUAGUGUUCACACGCACACCUCUUUGUUUCAGCUGUGUGUUUUACUGGUGUUUUUGUAACUGCUUGAUAUUAAAGGAUAAAAACGUGUAAGAUCCUUGUUGUGCAGUGCACAUUCAGCUUGAUAAAAGUUUCUAAAAAACAAAAGUCUACAUGGAAGUUUAAGGUUCUGGCAACUUUAUGCUUCAAUUAUAUGAUUGUGCCACAAGAUCAUUUUGAAGCUUUUCUUAUUACAAACUAUUAUUAUUAAUAAUCUUUUUCCUACUUUGCAUGUGUACAGCACUCCAUCCCACCUGGGAGCUCCCUGUUAAAAUAACAUCUCUUUCCGUUUUGUCGCUGGGAAGCCACAGAGGAGUUGAGUGUUAAACACCUUGCUCAGUGGCACAGUGACAAGUACUAGAAACAGUCUCUUAUUUUAUUUACUUGUCCUGGUUUCCAUAGCUGGUUAUUGGCUUUAUUCAUCUUUCCAUCUUAGACCACAAAAGAAAUGAAGUGACGUUAACGAAAGCUCAUUUCUAACACGCUCUGUUCAUUCAUGGGAAUUUAAAUGAGUCUCAGUAUUUUAUGUUUUUACAAUAAAAACACACAAAAAAAUCAAGUUUGUCUAGCGCUCAGCCACAUAUGUUGCCUGAUACCUGAACAGGUUGAAAACACUGUUUUGUUUUGUUUUGGGGGUUUUGGAUUUUUUGUUUGUUUGUUUUGAGGCUGAGGUGACAUCAGCAGGUGGAAAAACACAGAGGGCAGCAGUGAAUGUUUUCUAAUCAGCAGUGUUUGAUGUUCUUAAAGGAAAAUGUAAUUUCAUAUCCCUAUGAAUGGUAAAAUAUGCAGCUUGGUAACAUUUCCCUUUCAGCGAGUUUUGACACAUCAGUGUGGAUUUUCCUUCUGGUACUUGAAUACUUGAAAAGCUGUUUUUCUAACCUCUUUGACAGACGUCGUGUUGAAGCAAUGACAGCUUUGUUUUUUACUCUGUACAUAAUGCUUACAUUUGUAUGAAAUGUUUAACCAGGAUAGAAAAAAGUGCUAUUUAUUCAUAAAACAGAAAUUCUUUUUGCUCCGUCCAUUUUGUAGGACCAGCUCGAGAAUCAUUUUGAAUUAUUGUCAAUUAUUAUGUCAGACCUUUGGAUUGUGUCAUUCAAAACCCAGAAAACACAAUUUCACACAAUGACAUUGCAGAAUUUUUGUUUUUAUUUGUUGUACAUUUAGACAGAAGAUGAGAGAAAGUAUCAUUUACAGAAUGACGUGAAAUGUUCUUCCUGAUUUCAAGCAGUUCAGAUUUGGAUAACUUAACAAAGGAUUUCAGUAGUAUUAUUAUUAUUUGUGUUUUGUCUAUUUAAUAGAUGCUGAUAUGUACAAGUUGUUAAACAAAGGAGACACAGUGUCAUUAACACACGUUUUCAAAAAGUAAUGUUAAAAUGAAAUGAAGAUAUAUUUUUGCAUUGAUGGCUGUUUUAUAAAUGAUUGUUUACAUUCCUAACAAGCUUAAUAACCACUCUCCUGGUGUACUGCGGGCUAUAGAUAAACUGAACAUAAUUGUAGACAAUACAAUACGCGCAAUAAUACACGCUAAUUCUGUUAAAUGUGUUCAACAUGUUCACUUACAGUUUUCACUUUAAUCCUUAAAUAGCUUGAUUUUGCAUAACUAAACAUUACAACAUGUCUAAUAGACUCACAUUUGUUUAAAAAUUUAGGUAUUGAUGGGAGUCUAGAGCCUCAGAGUGUAUCAUUCCUCUUAUUUGACCAGUGUUAAGGUUUAGGUGAUCAAUCAGGUUCAUUUUCUCUUGCACAAAUGUUAAAUUGUGUUUUUUACGAUCAAGCAAAACACCAAAAACAUUUGUUUUCCAUUUGGAUUUUAGAAAUAUCGUCUCACACGGAGCCCUAUAGUGUUCUGCAUUUGGAUAUUUGUGUUCUAAAAUAAAACAAUACAAUAUG